AUGCUGGCACCACGGCGCCUCUUCGUUCUGGUUGUGGCAUUUCAAGCCGUCGCCGACGUCGCCUCCGGGUCCAGGGUCCGUCGGCAAGAGGGCAUCUUCUGCAGCGGAGACAAGUUCGCCACGGGUCUCCUGCGGACCAUCAUCAGCGCCAACGUUGAAGUGAUUCGGAGGGCGGAGCCGAUUAACGUUGGCGACCUCGACCAUCUGGGCCUGCUGUGGCUGAGGAACGGUCGCGCCUACAACGUGCACACGGUGAGGCCUUUCGGGCUCAUAGAGAGCGACUGCGACAGUAGCGAUGAGUGGAUCAAGACGAUGAUUCCCUUGGCAUUGGAUGGACCUGAGUUCCACUUCGACUGGGAGACGCCCGGUGGCCUGAUGGGUGGCCUGUUCGUGCUCUCGUACGAGAAGGCCGCCGCCAACGUCACCAUCGAGAUUCCCAAGUUCAAGCUGCGUGGCCAGGCGCGCACUCGCGUGACCGACUACCGGACGGUGGUGAGCCAGGGCCUUGCCUUCGGUAAGCCGGGCGUCACGAGCGGCCCCUCGGCGGUGCUGGCGACGCUCUUCACGGCUCUCAACACCGUCUCCCCCAACGUGGUUUCCGACUUGCUCGACAUUCUGAUACGCAGGCUGCUGCAGCGUUUCGUCCAGACUGUGUCCUUGCCCUUCUAGGGGCAAUGUCCGCCAUGGGAGCUGCCCGCCUCG